UCUCGCUCUCGGCUCUUUUUUCCCCCCUAACACCGAAACUCCCUCCUCUCGCUUCAAUCAGGGAACGCAGAACCGUGCGCAAAUGGCGCCCGCCGUUGGUAACCCCGCCGUGACAGCGUUCUAGCCCCGCACACGCCGGUAUUCCGCCAACCUCCGGGGGCGCAUCGGGAGCUGAUGCCCUGCGGCGCGGCGCGGUGGACGGAGCCGGCUGACGGUCAUUCGAGGCGGCCGCACUUUCACGGGAGCUGCCGUGGUUGAAGUGGGCUUCGCACGCCGUGUGGCCGCCGCCGCGGUGAACUUCUGAGAUGCAACCUCCGCCGCGAAAGGUGAAGGCCCACACACAGCUCAAGAACAUCCAUAAUGAGCAAAUUACAAAACUACAAACGAAACACCAGCAAGAUGUCGAGUUGCUUGAGGACCUCAGAAACUUCACCAAGAUUCGGGCUACGGUGGAAAAGGAAUACGGAAAUGCUCUGCUCAAAUUGGCAACGACGUACCUGCAGAAGAAGCCUCCUCCAGGUAUUGAGAUCAAGAGUGAAGACAGCCAAGAUAAAAAGACCGUGUUUGGCGUGUGGCGGAUGCUGCUGGACGAGACGGAGAAGAUCGCCAAGGCCCGGCUGGCCGCAGCAGAGGUGUUUUCGCAGCAGAUAUCAGAAAAUGCCAAAAACGUGCGAGCCAACAAACUCCAAGUGGCGAAGAAGUGCUUCGACAACCUGCGCCGAAUCCAGGAUGAAGUGCAGCAGUGCGUCCAGGAGGUGGACAAGACCAAGAAGCUGUACUUCGAGGAAGAGCACAUGGCGCACGAGGCACGGGACAAGGCACACGACGCCGAGGAAAAGCUAAAAAAGAAGAAAGGUCGAAUAUUUCAGUCGAUCACUUCUCUACAAAAGAACAGCCAAAAAUUCUCCUCCAGGAGGGAAGCGUGCGACAUCCAGUCGACAAAAGCCCGCAACGACUACAUUCUCGCCCUGGUGGCGGCCAACGCGCACCAGUCCAGGUUUUACGAGACUGACCUUCCCGACACUCUUCAGUCUCUAGAUUGUGAUGUCUCGGAGAAAGUCAAAGACUACAUCCAACUCAUGAGUCGGACCGAGCUGCUCACCGUCGCGGCUUGCAACUCGUCAUUCUCCAGGAUUCUAGAAGACGCCAGUCACAUUACACGACAGUACACCGUGGAGUGCUUUCUGCAAGACAACCAAGUUCUGGGAAAACCCAUUAAGUACGACUUUGACCCGUGCGACAACGACCAGGUGCGCACCAUCUGCACGGAGCACCACGCGGACAUCUGCCUGGGUAAGGAGGCCAAGAAGUGGGCUUCGGCAUACAUGAAAGAGUGCCGCACACUGCGUGACGCCAACAAGGAGCUCAACAGGCUGCUCGGCCAGAUUGCCAAAGGAGAAAAGACCAUGGAGGCAUCAACCGGUGAACAGGAGGACGUCGAGCAGAAACUCGAAGACAUCAGAAACAGCAUCCGCAAAGCAGAGACGAGCAAAUUGAAAGCCGAGGCACGUUUGGAAGCCCUGAGAGAAGGUGGAGUGAACGUGGACGAGUUUCUCAAUUCGCUGGACAUCGACGCUCUUCAAAUCGAAGACCUGAGCCGCAAAGGCAGCACCGCGUCCCGGGGAAGCCGCAAGAGUUCCCGCUCAGAUCUCAACUACGAGGAGCCGAACGAGGCGGCGUACUACGAGGGAGACUUCGACGGCGGAUCCUCUUCGGACACGUCCGGAGCGACGGCGGCACCGUCCGUCGCGGGCGCCCCGGAGGCAGACGAAGCCGCGCAGGUCAUGGCAGCGUCCUCGGCGCAGGGCAGCCUGCCGUACGAACACGACCCCACAUCGGUGAACUGGGACGACGAGCCCCAGGUGUCGGUGUCAACCAUCGAUGUGGGCAGCCUUAGAGGUCGCCAGCGAACCGCCGGCCGCCGAGGAAGAAGACGAGGCCUCGCCUCCGCGUCUGGCAGAGGAGCGCGAGGCUCGCUGCAGGUGGCCAUCAAGUGCUUCGCGCUCUUCUCGUACGAGGCCGCCAAUCCCGACGAGCUAAGCUUUGUGGAACAGGAAGAAAUGGAGAUCGUAUCCGAAGGAGACGGCGAUGGAUGGAUAAAGGCGCGCAACUACAAAGGGGAGGAAGGCUACAUCCCGCAAAACUACGUCGAGAUCGCGGAAAACCAGCCGGCGGGUGCAUCUGGCGAGUCCUUCUCGAGCGUAGACUACCGUGUCGAGACCAGCGACGAUGUGGACGGUGACACCGCGGCUGCUGCCAUAGGCGCCGACCCCGAGUGCGACCAGGAGCCACCGACGAGCGAACCUCCCGCCGCGGAGGCAGCAGAGCCCGUCGUGCCACCCGCAGACUUCCCGAACACCCUGGCUCCUCCCGGCGAAGUCCACCUCAGCACCACGUACUGCCGCGCCAUCUAUGACUACGAACCGACAUGCGAUGAUGAGCUGGGCUUCGCGGAGGGCCAGGUGAUCCGGAUCCUGCGCACUGUAGUGCACGACGGCGUCGAUGACGGCUGGUGGGAGGGCGAGCUGGACGGCCGCACCGGAAUCUUCCCUUCCCUGAUGGUAGAGGCGCUCAAAGUCACCGGAGAGCCGCAGACGCCCAUGGAGGACCCAAGCAUGGACACUGUGCCGCCGCCUCCAGCAUUCACGCCACCGAAGCCAUCAUUCCUUGUCCCGCCGGCACAAGUAAUACUAACACAGCCCACGCCCGACCACGAGCAGAGUGGCGAAGCAGACCAGCCGACGGAGCCAGCCGUCUCUGUACUUUAUAACGAUCCCGAUUUCCAACUGGAGCUGCCGACACCGCAGCAGGCCCACUACCAGAGUCAGUUCUCGGGGUCCGAGAGCGAGUCGAGCGACCAUGACGUCGCUGGCCUCGCCGAGGCAGCCACUUACGCCCCGCUGGUGUCUAGCCCCGAAAGUCCAGCAGCUGUGGACACUUCUGUCGCAGAAGAACCUGCGAAAGGUGGGAAGCCCCCGAGGCCACCCACGCCCCCGCACCAGCAGACGGUAACCGUGGUUAUCGACUCACCGGACGAGCCGCCCCGCGAGUUCGCCGACAGCGAAGACGAGGACAACGGUGACCAAGCGUCCGUCGUGGAAGCGCCGGUAGAGGUGUGUGCCUCCGAGGAGCAGCCAACCAAAGAUGAAAAGCUGGCCGAAGUCGAAGACGCAGUCAGCAGCGAAAUACCAGCAGCAGACGCCGGUGAGACCAAGGUAAUGGCGGCAGGAGAGACACAAGACACCAGCGGAGACAAGCCAGACGAGGUUACCGUAGCGGCCUCCGCCGUCUCUGAAGGCGCCAGUGGCGAUCAGGCGGAACCGCCCGAAGAACUUUCGAAAGAGGACCAGGCAAACAACAACGCGACCGACUAAAUGUGUCCCAGACGACUCGACUGCAUGUACCAGUGAACGAUGGCCUCGUCUGUAUGUUGAACGCUUCUAGCAGUGAACGACGGUUGGGCGGGAAGCAGUGUGUGCACACUUUACUCUGUGAGAAGCCAUGUUAUGUUGGCUGACGGGCCUUAGCGCUGUCUAGCUAGCAGUUGUUUUGUUGCGCUUUAUAUAAGGCGUGCGCAUGUGAUGUAGCGGGGCAGUUUCAAAAUUAGUUCCUCUACUUGAAUAGCUUUCGGUGUUUCUGUUUCAACGGGAUUCACGAUAACAUGUUCCUCUGCAUCGCCAACAACAUCAGUAGUUACAGUUCGAGAACUCAAGUACUUCUUUGUUUUUCCCUUCUUCUUCGUGCUUUUUUAUAAGGGGUUAUAAUGGCACAGACUAGCAUUACUAAAACUAAGCACCUGUGCUUAUCAUUUAGCAAAGGACUCUGUAGCAUAGUACCGAACAAGUGCUGCCCAGUUACUGCCGAUCAUUCUGGCACACAGGUAACACAAAAAAGAAACAAUGCCAAAGCACGAGGGGCAACAGAUUUCCAUAGUACUUGUGCGGCCGUUUCAUGUUGUGAAAUUUGCAAAGCGGAGUUAUAUUUUCUUUGAUAAGCGUUCAACAACUUAUACGGUCCUACGUUCCAAAGGCAGCUUAUAGUCAAGCUUUUGUUUAUUUAUAUAAGGGAGCGAAAAUAUGGAAGUGCACCACACAAAGUUCUACGACAUGUCAUAUAUCGUAGAUGCAUCACAAAGUGCAGGCUUGCCCUGCUGGCGAGCGUUAAUACUCUGCCAUACAGCAAAGUAUGCAUCCCGUACCACAAACUAAAGUGUCUUGUGAAGGGAACAACUGCAAGCGCAGUGUUUCAAAGCGCACGAGUGCCAGCAAUAGAAAAAUCAAAAAGAAUAAUUAAACAAACUUCAAGAACUUACACAUAUGCUGUUGAAGGCCUUUUUAUUGGUCUUCCUGCGCUCAUCUUGUCCUACGCCUGCUAGUCCACACCCGAGUAAACCGUUUUGCUCGCAUAUACAACGCUUCCCAACAGCUUUCCAAAAACACUGUAUUGAGCUAGGACCAACGUUUGACUCUUCGGUCUUUAGUCGUUGUUGGAAGAAAUGAAGCCCUUGCAUGCCCUUGUUGGUCUGUCAUUCCCCGCGUCUCGUUCAGCCACACAUAUGCCUGAUAUACGGUGCAAACUGUGACCAACCGCACACCGAAACGCUAUUGAAACAGGCCAAUCUCAGUAAUUGUUGACCUUCCAGUGAUGCUGCCUUUAUUGAAAUCAGACCUGUUCUUCUUGGUAAUUGCUGCCCCGGUACUACGUUGCAAGCACCUGUUUCAGAAUUGCCUCCUCAUAGCUCAUACUUGACCAUAGUUGUCGCACUUUAUUUCCUUGUUACUCAGUUGCGUAGUUCAACAGCUCACGUGCCUGUAAACUGCCACCUGGCAGGUGAAAUACGGAAUUCGUGGCAGUAAACAACGCGCACUUUCGCACUCAGACAGCUGAACAAGUGAUAAUUGAACGAGGCGCAGCAACAGAUGGCUUGUCUAUUUCCUAAGAAAUCUUGUUUAUUUAAUUCUGCUUCAUUAAUAACAUAAUUUUCACUGACUCAGUGACCGGUCUUUAUUUCUGUGUUCCAUAUGAUGGAAUGCAGCAAGGUGGAUAUUUCUUUCUUACUGAAAUAAAAAGCGAUAAGGGCUUUGUUGAGAAGGAAGUAAGCAUGCCCUCAAAGUGCCGAGAGUUCGGGAGCAUUUUAGUAAUGUUUUCAAUAGCGUGAUAGUUUGCUAAAUUCAUUGGAUUUGACCUUGGCCAUCAGUUUCGCAUCUGCAUCGAACUAUUGCUGCAACACAAUUAAAUAUUAAGGAUUUUUCGCUUUUUUAUAACAAGCAGCAGAACGCUCGACGCCGCACGCAAUAACGGAAAAGAGAGAGAGAGUUACGGUGUUCUUGUUGUGGCGAUUGUAGGGAAACACGCCAGUUGUGGUGGUGAGGCCAAUCCCUGUUAUUGUGUCUAUUUAUUCUACUAUUAUCAUUCUUAGCCACCUGAAUGACGUGGUAAAAAGGCAGGCGCGAUCGUAUAAGCAAUGCCAUACUCUAUGCCACCAGCUUUCUCAUUUGUGGCAACAACAACAGAGGGUCGAGUUGCAAGGAGCGUAUACAAGUGAGCGGGCGGUGUGCAAGAACGGUCGUCGGUUGGAAGAAUAGUCGCAGAUCUCUUUAGAAUAAUUACAAGUUCAACAGCGCGCGUUGUUCUUUUUGCUGGCGCAGAUUUGUUGUUGAUCUGUAAAUAGAAACAAGGGAAGCCACCGCUGUUCGCUGUGCAUAGAGAGUUGGUCCGCGCCGUCGCCUGUCGACCGCGCAACGCGGGUCGUGCAACAGGUCUCCGUUUCACCGUUCCGUUAUUGUUUGUUUCCCUCACGAAAUAAACGCCUUUCGGUUCUU